CCCCCAACCCCCCGUCCCCCGUCACAGCCAUCGCCGCUGCCGUCGGAGACAGAAUCCGGAGUCGCCCGAGGAGGAGCCCGAGCCCCCGUCGCCGCCAUGGAGCUGAUCACCAUCCUCGAAAAGACCGUAUCGCCCGAUCGGAUUGAACUGGAAGCGGCGCAGAAGUUCCUGGAGCGGGCGGCUGUGGAGAACCUGCCCACUUUCCUUGUGGAACUGUCCAGAGUGCUGGCAAAUCCAGGAAAUAGCCAAGUUGCCAGAGUUGCAGCUGGGCUACAGAUCAAGAACUCUUUGACAUCUAAAGAUCCAGACAUCAAGGCACAAUAUCAACAGAGAUGGCUUGCUAUCGAUGCCAAUGCUCGAAGAGAGGUCAAGAACUAUGUUUUGCAGACUUUGGGUACAGAGACCUAUCGACCAAGCUCUGCUUCACAGUGUGUAGCUGGUAUUGCCUGUGCAGAGAUCCCAGUAAACCAAUGGCCUGAACUCAUUCCUCAGCUAGUAGCUAAUGUCACAAACCCUAAUAGCACAGAACACAUGAAAGAGUCAACAUUGGAAGCGAUUGGUUAUAUCUGCCAAGACAUUGACCCAGAGCAGCUACAGGACAAAUCCAAUGAGAUCCUGACAGCCAUAAUCCAGGGGAUGAGGAAAGAAGAACCUAGUAAUAAUGUGAAGCUAGCAGCUACCAAUGCACUCCUGAACUCAUUGGAGUUCACCAAAGCAAACUUUGACAAAGAGUCUGAAAGGCACUUUAUUAUGCAGGUAGUUUGUGAAGCAACCCAGUGUCCAGAUACAAGGGUUCGAGUAGCUGCAUUACAGAAUUUGGUGAAAAUAAUGUCUCUUUAUUAUCAGUACAUGGAAACAUACAUGGGCCCUGCUCUUUUUGCUAUCACAAUUGAAGCAAUGAAAAGUGAUAUCGAUGAAGUAGCCCUUCAGGGGAUAGAAUUCUGGUCCAACGUUUGUGAUGAGGAAAUGGAUCUGGCCAUUGAAGCCUCAGAGGCAGCAGAACAGGGACGACCCCCAGAGCAUACCAGCAAGUUUUAUGCCAAAGGAGCACUUCAGUAUCUGGUCCCAAUCCUCACACAGACACUAACAAAACAGGAUGAAAAUGAUGAUGAUGAUGACUGGAAUCCCUGUAAAGCAGCAGGGGUUUGCCUCAUGCUCUUGGCUACCUGCUGUGAAGAUGAUAUUGUCCCUCAUGUAUUACCCUUCAUAAAAGAACACAUUAAGAACCCUGAUUGGCGAUAUCGGGAUGCGGCUGUCAUGGCUUUUGGCUGCAUUUUGGAAGGACCAGAACCCAAUCAGCUCAAACCACUAGUUAUUCAGGCCAUGCCCACUCUCAUAGAAUUAAUGAAAGAUCCCAGUGUGGUGGUUCGAGAUACAACUGCUUGGACUGUGGGCAGAAUCUGUGAACUGCUCCCUGAGGCUGCCAUCAAUGAUGUCUACCUUGCUCCUCUACUGCAGUGUCUGAUUGAGGGCCUGAGUGCUGAGCCCAGAGUGGCUUCCAACGUGUGCUGGGCUUUCUCCAGUCUGGCUGAAGCUGCCUAUGAAGCCGCAGAUGUAGCUGAUGACCAAGAAGAACCAGCUACCUACUGUUUAUCUACUUCAUUUGAACUCAUAGUCCAGAAGCUCUUAGAGACCACAGACAGACCUGAUGGACACCAGAACAACCUGAGGAGUGCUGCCUAUGAAGCCCUGAUGGAAAUAGUGAAAAACAGUGCCAAGGACUGUUAUCCUGCGGUCCAAAAAACGACUUUGGUCAUCAUGGAGCGAUUGCAGCAAGUGCUGCAGAUGGAGUCUCACAUCCAGAGCACAUCAGACAGAAUCCAGUUCAAUGACCUUCAGUCUUUGCUCUGUGCCACUCUUCAGAAUGUUCUCCGGAAAGUACAGCACCAGGAUGCUUUGCAGAUUUCUGAUGUGGUCAUGGCAUCCUUGCUGAGGAUGUUCCAAAGCACAGCUGGGUCUGGUGGGGUUCAAGAAGAUGCCCUGAUGGCUGUGAGCACAUUAGUAGAAGUGUUGGGUGGUGAAUUCCUGAAGUACAUGGAUGCCUUUAAACCCUUCUUGGGCAUUGGUUUGAAGAACUAUGCUGAGUAUCAGGUUUGUUUGGCAGCUGUGGGCCUCGUGGGAGACUUAUGCCGAGCCCUACAGUCCAAUAUUUUACCUUUCUGUGAUGAGGUGAUGCAGUUGCUUUUGGAGAAUUUAGGAAAUGAAAAUGUCCACAGGUCUGUCAAGCCACAGAUUCUUUCUGUAUUUGGUGAUAUUGCCCUUGCGAUUGGGGGAGAGUUUAAGAAAUACCUUGAGGUGGUAUUGAAUACUCUCCAGCAGGCCUCCCAAGCCCAGGUGGACAAGUCGGACUACGACAUGGUGGAUUAUCUGAAUGAGCUAAGGGAAGGGUGCUUGGAAGCCUACACCGGAAUCAUCCAGGGAUUAAAGGGAGACCAGGAGAAUGUGCACCCGGACGUGAUGCUGGUGCAGCCCCGAGUAGAAUUUAUUCUUUCUUUCAUUGAUCACAUUGCUGGAGAUGAGGAUCACACAGAUAUAGUAGUAGCUUGUGCUACUGGACUGAUAGGAGACUUAUGUACAGCUUUUGGGAAGGAUGUACUGAAAUUAGUAGAGGCCAGACCCCUGAUCCAUGAACUGUUAACUGAAGGAAGAAGAUCCAAGACGAACAAAACAAAAACCCUUGCUACUUGGGCAACAAAAGAACUGAGGAAAUUGAAGAACCAAGCUUGAUCUGUUACCAUUGGGAUGACACCCGAGACCCCCACUGGAAAUCUCCAAUCUUUUGAAAAACCCGGAAGUGAGGAGUGUGCACGGAUGCUGAAUGUUUGGGAAUGAGAGGAUGAGUGAGUGAGGCUUGAAAACACACCACAUUGAAAAUCCUGCCACGGCAGCAGCAGCAGCAGCCAACAGCAGCGCUGUUAGUGAGCUAAGCACUGACUUCCGUAGAAAACCAUAACAUCGGCCGUCUUGGAAAAGAGAAAAGUGACGGGAUUUAUGUGCUUUUAAAAAAAGAGAGAUAGAGAGAGAGAGAGAGCUAUCUCUUCCCAAGAGAGGCUAGAACUAGCUUUUCUGUCUUUCGGCCAGUGCUGAGCGGAAUGACUAGUGUGGGAGAAAAGGGACUGGGUUCAGCUGUGGUGCUUUGUUGUUAAAAGGCCUGGCCUUUGCUACUGAUGAGAGAUGGAGCCUGGGUCUCGAGCCCACCUUCGGUGUACCUUUGCCACACGGUACUGUACGCGUGCGGGCUAAAAAAGGAGGGUGAGGGAUUUUUUCAGUCUAAGAGUGAGUGUGUGUGAAUGAGGCGGUAUCCACAUUCUCAACUUCAAGUCAUUGCAGUUUAUCUUUUUCCCAGAAAAAAAAAGGGGUUAGACGUUACAUUUCAUAAAACUAACCGAAGUUCUGUCUACUGAUGCAGCACAAGAGAUAUAAAAAAAGAAAAAAAAAGGAAAGCCGCUCUUUAGGGUCUUUUUUUUUUUUAUUUUAACUUUUAGGGAAAACACUGACAUGUUCAGUUUCCAUCCCAAGUGACGCUUUUCAUGAUCUCUUUUCAUCAAGGCGCCUUUCCUAUAUGGUUCAACUGUGAAUGUAGAAGGGGGGGAGUGGGGGGAGGUGGGGAAUGACAACUCUGAUUAGAGGAUAUAGGAAAAAUGAGAUUGUCAAAAACAGACUUCAGACAACCCAUAACCCAAACCAAAAUUUAAAUGCUCAGAAUUGGCAGCACAAAGGGAAAGCUCUCUCCUGACUUGUACUGUGACAGUCUGAACGCCCCAAAAAUUGUGCCAAAGAAUAAAAAAAAAGAAAAAAGAAAAAAAACAAUAAAAAUAUAAACACAAGAAAAAAACCCAUAACAAACUUCAGGUAACUAUUUUGGAUUGCAAAAUGAGGAUAAAUUUAAUGUUCAAACAAAAUCUGAUAAAAUAACCAUUUGGAAACUGCUUGGCCUUCUGUUCUUUAUUUGAUUGACUCCAAUGUGAUAAUGGUCUCUUGCUGCACUUCAGAAACCAACCAACCAACCAACAAAAUGAAAAAGGAGAAAAAAAAAGAAUUUAUAUAAAUAUAUAUAUAUUAUAUAUAGACAUACUGACAAGCUCUCAUGAUGAAAAUGGCACUUGUAAAAGGUUAUAUUUUUCCACUGCAGUUGAAGAUUAAUAAAAGUGUCAAACAUUCCCUAAAAUUUCCUUUUUGUAUAUUUGGUCUUUCCAAAUGAAAGAGAUCCCACUCACUGAUCUUUUUAAUUUAAAAAUGUAAGUCAACAAUAACAAAAAAGAUUCAGAAGCCCAAUGGACAGUUAAUAUGACCAAUCAGGGAUGUUGCUGCUUCCCUAAUUAUCUACUUGGAAUUUUCUUUAAAGGCAUGAUGCAUCAUACUGUCUUCAUAAAUCAAGACUAUUAUUUUUUAGUUGGGAAAGGAGCAACCCUGAUUUUUCAUUUGGCAUCAGCAAUAAGAAGGCAUAUAGGGAGCUUGAUUCCCUUUAUUUGUUAGGCAGUUGUGGUUUUUGCCAGCAUCUUUAAUGUGCUGCUUUGAAAGAAUGAAAGAUGGUCUGGGUUUGGGAGGUGAAAAUAAGACUCUUUACCUCCAUCCUUAUAGCUUACAUGAAAGGGGUCUUAAAUCUGUCCUUUUCCCUUGAUAUCAUUUAUCCCACCAGCCUAAUUUUUUUCAUCCAUAAGAGGGAUUGGCUAAAUUUUGCCCAUCUGCACUGCAGCAUUUCUAAUAGCUCUUGUACAGGGUAUCAGAUAUUGUGCCUUUUUGGUGCCAGGUUCAGAGUCAAAAGUGCCGAUCUAUGAACCAGUGUGCAAAACAAAACAAAUCCAGGUGUUUGAAGGAGAGAAGCUCCAUUUGUGAAAAGAGCUUAUAAUCUCCUGGACCCUGAUUAGAAGAGGCCUGGCUCUUAAUGCCUUUUUUUUUUUUAUUAGAGGGGGUGAUGUUACUUAAAAACCAUUCCUGAAAAUUAGGGGAGGGUGGGAUAGGGCUUAAGAUGUGUGGGGAGCAGGGGGAAUGGGGAGAGAAAUCUGAUCAUUCCUCAGUGCUACCCAUUUCUGUCCCCUGUGUGGGCUGCUCAGCUGUAGACAGCAGGAGAAUAAAGUACACUGAGAACCAUAGUGAAAACAAAACCUUCCGUGUGUUUGUCAUGUUUUGUUCCAGGGAAGCUGCUGUUAAAGCUCUCCCAGACCCAUUCAGUUAUGGAGAGGAGGGGAGGGGUGGGUGGGAGGGUUCGUUGGGAAAUCGCCAAUUGAUUGGGUUUUGGUUUUGCUCUUGGCACCUAUAGGUUUAUGUCUUGCAUCCUGCUAUCUACCUUUGGUUGGUGGAUUUUCCACAUCAUCCUUUGGAAUCUUUUCAAUUAUGCUGUCUUGGGAAUAGGAUGCAAAAGACAUUUUUAGCAGAGCAUCCUGUCCACUUGUUGCCUAGGCCUCCCCAUGGCCAAAUCUUGGCAUGAGAGUGUAGUUACUGCCUAUUUGGAAAGACAGUAUUGCAUAAGAUCUAAAGAGCAAUUGUGGGACUGGUCUUUGGUUACCUAUGUGGGGCAAGCUGCAUCAUACCCUGUAUCAAUUAUUUCUGUCACUUGGCUUUUCAUCUAUUAUCCCAUGUAAUUGACCAUUGUGAUGGCUGUCAAAGGCAAUUACUACAUUGCCCUAGGAACCAAAUUACUUUUGUGUGGGGGAGGGAAGGGGGGUUGGGGGGGAGGGGACCUGUGUCAGUGUACUAUUUGGAAGUGUCCAUUUUAUGCAGCUCUUAGCAUUUUAACUUUUUGAACCAAGCAACUGUCUUAACUUUGUCACUCUGUCAGAUGAGUGUUAGUCCAGCAUAAAGAGGAGCCCAAAGGCCAGGCUUUCCAAGCUUCUGAUUGCAAUGUGGCUUUGGAUCCAGCUUCUGUAAUCUCACUGGGGGUGCCUUCUCCUGGUGUGCCAUUCCAUAUGAUGGCAUUAGUGACGUGUUAUAAUUGAGCCCUACUUUACUAACCAAAACUGGUACCAUCAUCUUUAUCUUCAAAAUAAAGUCCGCUUUAUUUUUAUUUUCAA